UCACCUCAUCCUUCCUUGAGUUGCUUCCUUCAUUCACUCGCCAUCUGCCUAAAUUAUCCUCAAUUCGCUUUCAAACAAAAACCAGACAUUAAAAUUCAGUUCCUUUGAUCACAAGCACCUCUCUUUAAUUUAAUUUGCUUUAGAUCCAAACCAAACAGAAGACUCCACAUCCCAAGAAUCAAGGAGAAAGCUAAGCUUACAUAUAAGUGGUAUAACACACCACUUCAAUCUUCGACAAUGGCAGCCAAGAUGGGUUCGUUCAAGCACAGCUUCCAAGAGAAACGAGAGAGGCUUCUCUCCACCAACAAGAUGGGUUUCUUCCCAAUCGAAGAACAAGAGCCUCAUGCCUUUUCUUCGUCUCGCCGUUGCUGUUGCAGUUUCCGGUAUCUUUCCGAUAAGAUUGUAGGCUGGUGCCGGACCGUGCAAGGUGUUGCCCACCGGGCUAUUAAGAUGGGCAAGUCUGACCCCAGAAAGAUCGUCUUCUCGGCCAAGAUGGGUCUGGCUCUGACGCUCAUAUCUCUCCUGAUUUUCCUCAAGCAGGAGCCCUUCAAGCAGCUCGGUCGCUACUCUGUUUGGGCUAUUCUCACUGUUGUCGUCGUAUUUGAAUUUAGCAUAGGAGCUACUUUGAGCAAAGGACUUAACCGCGGCUUGGGGACAUUGUCUGCUGGAGGCCUUGCAUUGGGUAUGGCAGAGUUAUCAGGAUUAGUUGGAGAAUGGGAGGAAGCUGUUAUUGUUGCCAGUAUCUUUAUCAUAGGAUUUAUUGCGACUUAUGCAAAACUAUACCCAACGAUGAAGCCGUAUGAGUAUGGAUUCCGGGUGUUCUUGUUGACGUAUUGUUUCAUCAUGGUGUCGGGGUAUAGGACGAGGGAAUUUAUUCAUACUGCUGUGUCACGAUUCUUGCUCAUUGCAUUGGGUGCUGGUGUUGGUUUGGGUGUAAAUAUAUUGAUUUAUCCCAUCUGGGCUGGUGAAGAUCUACACAACUUGGUGGCAAAAAAUUUCAUGGGCGUUGCAAAAUCUUUGGAAGGUUGCGUCAGUAGUUACCUCAACUGUAUUGAAUAUGCGAGAAUCCCUUCCAAAAUUCUUACCUACCAAGCUUCUGAUGACCCUCUUUACAGUGGUUACAGAUCUGCAGUAGAAUCUACAAGCCAAGAGGAUACUCUGAUGGGAUUUGCUAUCUGGGAGCCACCUCAUGGUCGUUACAAAAUGCUUAGAUAUCCAUGGAAGAACUAUGUAAAAGUCAGUGGUGCACUAAGGCAUUGUGCUUUUACGGUUAUGGCAUUGCAUGGAUGCGUACUUUCUGAGAUACAGGCUCCGGCUGACCGAAGACAAGUAUUUAGUAGGGAGCUUCAAAGAGUAGGUUAUGAAGGUGCUAAAGUGUUACGUGAACUUGGAAACAAACUGAAAAAAAUGGAGAAAAUAGGUCCAGUAGAUAUACUCAAUGAAGUGCAUGAGGCUGCAGAAGAGUUGCAAAAGAAAAUUGACCAGAAAUCAUAUCUUCUUGUCAAUUCAGAAAGCUGGGAGAUAGGCAAUCGGCCGAAAGAGCUGGGAGAAAUUCAAGACCUUCUGGACUUGAAUGAUGAAGGGAACAAAUUCCAUGAAUACAAAUCCCUCAGUGAAGCGGUACUUGAUCUCAGAAAUUUUCCUGGGUCACAAAGUUGGGAUGAUCCUGUACCAGCGAAGCCUGCCAGCUUGAACGCCUCACCUCAUGAUAGAAAACCCUCCAAUCUUCCAGUACCCUCAGGAAAGUUGUUCAUGAAACAGAUCUCUUGGCCUGCAGGGAUGACAUUUAAGGCUCAAGCAGAGCCACAAGUGGAAGAAUCAAGUACUUAUGAAAAUGCUAGUCAAUUGUCGUUGGCCACGUUCACAUCACUGCUGAUAGAAUUUGUUGCAAGGCUCCAAAAUCUUGUUGACUCCUUUGAAGAAUUGGGUGAAAUGGCACUUUUUAAGGAACCUGUUGAUUUGCCAGAACCGUUAGAGUCACAAGGCAGGUUCUGGACCAGAUUUCUUGACCGUCUGAAGUCAUGAAUUUGUGAUAUAGUUUGCCAAUUGACUUCAUUGAAAUAUGCCAUCAGUUCCAUUCUGAAGUACAAUGGAGCUGAUGUACUGCUGACAUUACCCAUGGGUAGUUUGCUUUCGUGUUUGUCAAUGGUGAUUGUCCUCUAUUUCGUUGAUAAGAUAUGGCUACAAGCAUCGGCUGACACUUAUGCAUUGAUAAAUAACUUGCUAUCAGUAUUACUCCCGAGUCUUGGAGCAAAAGGGGACGAUGAGAAGGGAUAAGGUACAGUACAAGAAGGCUUGAAUUGAUGUUUCAGACUUUCAUGGUAACAGUAACAGUAAUCUAGUUGUUAAUACACAACUAUUUAUAAGGCUUUCUCAGGCUUCCAGAUUAACUACCAGAUUAGCUUUUAACUAUUAUUGUAGUCUGAUUAAAAAGUUUACCAUGAAGAGGACCGAUGGACUAUAGUCUGGCACUUCUAAUAGUACUUCCAAUUUCUUCUUGUUACAUUUCAAAUCUGAAGCAGAGAUUAUGUGCAAUUUCCC